CUGCUGUUUGCUGCUGCUGCCCCAGUCGAGCGACUUGAAAUAAACAAAGCACGGAGAAAUAGAUGAAAUACAUAUGAAAGAUGACCACAGAUGAGCGUAAUUUUAGAUCUAGUUACUAUGAAAAAGUUGGCUGUUUUAGCGUUGAAGAAAAGAAAUCACUCGAUAAACUGCUACAGGAUGACAUACGCAAUCUGGCCAAGCUGAAGCACUUCGUAUAUACCUAUACGGUCCCAGCACAGCAGCGCAGUCUGCUCUGGAGUCUGAUAAUGGGUAUAAUGCCACUGCACAAAAGCAAUACUGAAUAUGUUCGGGAGCAACGUCGCCAGGUCUACGAGGAUUUGCUGCGUGCCGUGACUGUAAUGCGUUGCGUAGACCUGGACUCAAGGUCCAGAGAUUUGGUGCUGUAUAAAAUGUGGUUACUGGAAAACAAUCGGCUGUUGCAUAGUAAUAUUCGAGCCGGAGCUCAGGCAGAUGACAAUCAUUUCGUUGAAAUUGUGCGCACACUACUUGACAUAUUUGACGAUGAAGUGGAAACGUACUGGAUAGCCAAGGAGUUCUACCAGUAUACGCGUGACCUGAAGAAGGAAUGUGGCAAACUAAAGGAAUUGACCCAGAUACUACUCAAGCGCGAAGACAUUGGAUUAUUUUAUCGCUUAGAAAAGCUUGGUCUAUUUGAUAUUAACUCGAAGCUCUUGGAGAACUGGUAUAUAACCUGCUUCGCCGGGGUCAUUUGCGAGACUAUGUUAGUCAAAAUUUGGGACAAGGUAUGCGGUGGCGCCAAGAAGAUCGUCGUAUUCCUCUUUCUGGAGCUGGUGAAAGACAUCAAGUCUUUGAUAUUCGAUCUAAGCUCUCAGGAGGAGCUGAAAGCAUUGAUCGAGACGGUCAAAGAUAAGGAUGGGGUCAUUGUAAACAAAGCCAUUAAAUCUUGGCACAGCAAUAACAGCGAGGUGGAAUACGCGCAUUGAGUAGCCACUAAAAAAUACCACGUCCUUCUUGUCGGCCACCGUCUGAAACUCGAGAGUGACGGGGCAUUGCAUCCAA